AUCCGAUAAAAUAGGUGCUUAUUGUUUCUGGGAAAUGUCACGAUACGUCAACCUAUUCAUUUAGUGUGUUUCGAAAAAAUUCAUUUCAGUUUUUCCUUGAGUAGUUUCAGGACGACUUUGCAAUGUUCGCUGUUUCCAACCACAAGUUGAAUUUUUAAGUUUUCAGCUGAUCCAAGAUGCUAUCCCAAGUGCUACCUUCUUUUCCCUUCUACCUGCUACCAUCGUUGCUAUCGAAUUUCGACUUGAUACCGAGAUUUCCUACAGACAAAAGCUCAUUUGUAUUUCAACAGCCAAACCCCACCUUUGACUUCAUAGUGAUCGGAGCAGGAUCAGCCGGAAGUACAGUAGCGAAUCGACUCUGCGAAGUACCCGAUUUAAGCGUGCUGUUAAUCGAAGCAGGGCCAAAUCCGCCAGUAUUCGAAUCAGAACUAACUGUAUUGGAAUUGGGGCUCUAUGGAUCGUAUGUCGACUGGGGUUUCCUCACCGAACCAGCCAACAACAGUUGCGGAGCGUAUAUCAAUAAUCAGAUGAGAAUACCUCGGGGCAAGAUGCUUGGAGGGACGAGUUCGAUCAAUGGGAACUUAUAUAACCGAUGCAGUCCUACAGAUUACGAUGGUUGGGCAUCUAUGGGUAAUCCGGGCUGGAGCUACGAAGACGUGUUGCCGUAUUUCAAGAAACUGGAACGGGUAAGGAUACCCAAAUGGCCGAUAUCUGAUAAACACGGAUAUUCUGGUCCAAUUUAUGUGGAGGAAUUCUCAAAUCGAACCGUUUACGAAGUCCCACAAGUGAUAGAUUUCAUUUCAGGGUAUUCCAAUGAAUUGGGGUAUCCCACAGUUAAGGAUAUGAGCGUUAUGCGUUCUGCAGGUAUCACCUCGAUACCUGGUACUUUGAAAAAUCUGCUCAGAUGGAGUACUGCUAAAGGCUACCUUCAACCUCUUCAGAACAGCAAGUGCUUGACCCUGAUGAAAGGAACUUUGGCUACGAAGAUAUUAAUCAACGAUAAGAAGAAAGCCAUAGGGGUGGAAGUAUUCAAGAAUGGGGUGUACAAAAAAAUAUAUUCUACGAAAGAAGUCAUUCUCUCUGGAGGAGUUAUAAAUUCGCCUCAGGUACUCUUACUCUCUGGUAUCGGUCCGAGAGAUCACUUGAAAGAUGUGGGUAUCGAAGUAGUUCAGGAUUUACAAGUUGGAUACAAUUUACAAGACCACGUGGCUACGUUUGGUUUCAUAGGUCAAGUGGAUUUUCCAGAUUACAAACGGCAAUACCCUUUGAGCUUAUUUUUGACUCUUUUUUUGACAAACAGAAUCGACGUUGGUUUGACAGGCGAUACAUUGUUACUUUUCAACACGACCGGGUAUUCCGCUGAUGACCCUAAUAUACAAUGUCUUCACUUUAUGUAUCCUCAAGGUGGCUCUAAUGGUAUAACGUAUUUCUCAGCAAGAAAUUUAAAACCUGAUGUGUUACCGAAAGCUUUAAAGGAAAAUCAAAAUUCACCGACGCUUUUAUUAUAUCAACAAAACCUGAAACCUAAAAGUCGAGGACGAGUGUUUCUAAAAAGCAAAAACCCCUUGCAAUAUCCUGGCAUAGUGCACGGAUAUUUGACCAAUCAGGACGAUGUUAGAGUUAUGAUCGAGGGUCUUCGUAGAUUGAGAAAAAUAUCUGAAACAAAGACGUUCAAAGAACGUGGUACUUUUACUCCUUUGACCACGCCUGAGUGCUCAUCUUACACUCUGUAUUCCGAUAAGUAUUACGAGUGUGUUCUACGAUAUUUCACUUUAACCUCGGAUCACUUUGCUGGCACUUGUAAAAUGGGUCCUGAAGGAGAUCCCAGUGCAGUGGUGAGUGCUACUUUGAAGGUGUAUGGAGUGGAUGGUCUUCGAGUGGUGGAUGCUUCCAUUAUGCCUCAAAUCACCAGCGGUAAUACCAACAUACCGACGAUAAUGAUCGCAGAAAAGGCGGCUGAUAUGAUUAAACAAGAAUAUGGUUAUAAAUAGGUGUGCAUUAUAAUGUUAUUUGAAAUUUGUA